AUGGCAGCGUGUUGGAAGACGGAAAGGGCAAGGGGGUUGCUGAAAGGUGGAGGAGGGAAGCAGGAAGAGGAUGGCUGCGUUUUGGAAGAUGGAAAGGGCAGGCUGGAAUGGCUGAGAGAUGAAGAGGUGAAAUUUGCAAAAAAGAAGCGUAAAACGGAGAACGUUGCGAGAGAGAUACUCGAUAAGGAGGUGGUGGCAGCAGCGGAACAGAAGGAGAAGGUCGCGAGGAAGCUGCUGGAGAAGGAGAAGGCAGCCGCGCAACUCGAGACGGAGAGAGUCGCCGCGAGAGAGAAGCUCGAGAAAGAGAAGGAAACAGCGGAACUCGAGAAGGAGAGGGUCGCCGAGAAGGAAAGGACCGCGGCGGAGCGGAGGGAGAAGAAGAAAGUCGAUAGAGAGAAACUCGAGAAGGAGGAGGCAUCAGCGAAACACAAGGAGAAGGUCGCGAGGAAGCUGCUGGAGAAGGAGAAGGCAGCAGCGCGAUUCGAGACGGAGAAGGUCGCGAGAGAGAAGCUCGAGAGGGAGGAGGCAGCAGCAGCGAAACAGAGGGAGAGGGUCGCUAGAGAGAGGGAUGAGGCAGCAGCGCGAUUCGACACGGAGAGGGUCGCGAGAGAGAAGCUCAAGAGGGAGGAGGCAGCAGCAGUGAAACAGAAGGAGAGGGUCGCCAGAGAGAGGGAUGAGGCAGCAGCGCGAUUCGAGACGGCGAGGGAGAAGGCGGCAGCCGAGCAGUGGGCGCAACUCCUGGAGGUGGAAAGAAUGGAUAGGAUACGGGUUGCUGAGUUUGUCUCGAUCAGCGGGUGGACGACGGAACAAGUUUUGAGCUUCACAGCUUUUCAGCUAGAAUGGAUAGAGAAGGAGCAGUGUGAUUUUCACAACAAUGUGCUCCAUAGUUUACAAACGGGGUGUCUCACACCAGAAUACCGCUGUCACCUCCAGCAAAAGUUGUACCAGCAUGCGAUGAUGUUAGAGUGUGUACGUUAUGAGAGAUAA